CAGACUCAGGUUACCAUGGCAACGCGGAGGGACAAGAGGCUGCUCGGGGCCAGUGUUCCAGCUGCUGACAUGAUGCCCCCACCCUCGGAGCAGGACCUGAACGCCCUGCUGGCUCGCAAGGAGGAGGAGUGGCGAGCGCUGCAGGCUCAGCGCUCCCAAAUGCAGGAGGCGGCCCUGCAGGACACGCAGCGCCGGCUGGAGGAGGCUCAGGGGAAGCUGCGGCGCCUGCGGGAGGACUUCAUCUACAACCUGCAGGUGCUGGAGGAGCGGGACCGGGAGCUGGAGCACUACGACGCUGCGUUCGCCCAGGCCCGAGGGCUGGAGGAGGCCAGGCAGGCCGAGGUGAGCGAGCUCAAGAUCGAGGUGGCCAAGCUGAAGCAGGCGCUGGCCAGCGAGGCCCGGCGGCUGGAGGACCUGCAGCAGCAGUACCAGCAGAGGCUGCAGGAACACCGCCUGGAGCUGGAGCGGGUCCACAGUGACAGGAACAGUGAGCUGGAUCAGCAGCGGGAGCAGUAUGGGAACCUGAAGUGGAAGCUGGAGAGGAGGCUCAAGGAGCUAGACGGCGAACUUGGCCUGCAGCGGCAGGAGCUGCUCCAGGAGUUUGAGUCUGAAAUGCAGAAGCGGGAGCACGAGUUCCGCCUGCGGGCUGACAGCAUGAGCAGUGUUGUCCUGGCGCAUGAACUCAAGAUUAAACUGCUAAACAAAGAGCUUGCAGCCCUGAGAGAGGCUGGGGCGAAGGCUGCGGAGGCCCUGCAGGGCGCUGAGGUGGCAAACGCGGAGCUGGAAGACAGGCUGCAGCGAAGAGACUGGGAGCUCCGAGACCUGGUGGCCGUGAAGGACGCCCGGAUAAAAGACUUAGAGGGUAAGCUUCACUCUGUGCAGCUCACCAGGAAGAAAGAAGAGGAGACAUUUCGGAGGAAGCAUGAGGAGCUGGACCAUCUGGCCAGGGAAAGGGACGCUGUGCUGAUGGCAGCAAAGAGCGCCCACGUGGAGCAGCUACAGGCCGCAGAGGCCAGGGCCCUGGAGCUGCAGGCGCGUUGCGAGAACCUCGAAGUACAGCUCCGCAGGGCCGAGUGGAAGCAGGUGGACGCUGCCAAGGAGAAGGACGCCGCCAUUGACAAACUUCAGGAAGAUGCAUCAGCUCUAAAGUCUAGCUGGGACGCCCAGAUUGCUCAGCUAUCCAAGGAGAUGAUCUCCAAAGACCUUCAGGUUCAGUCACUGCAGGAAGAGGAGAUGAAGCUGAAGGCACAGCUGACCAGAUGCCAGCAGGAUAUUGGAAGGUACAAACAGCAGCUGUCUCUAGCGGUAGAGAGGGAGCAGAGCCUGGAGCGUGACAAGGUGCAGCUAGAGCUGGACUGGCAGCGCCGCUGCGAAGGUGUCGAGCGGGAGCAGUACCAGCAGGCCGAGGACUUGAUUCAGGGCCUGACAGCGGCCAGAGAUCAGGUUGUUGCCAAGCUCCAGGAGACGGAGCGGCGGCUGUGUGACCGUGAGGUGGUGCUGAAGGCCGUGACCCGAGAGAGAGACCAGGCCCUGCAGGCUCUGCGGACACGUGAGCUACUCCCUGAGGAGGAGGCGCAGAGGCCUCUAAGGUAUCAAGGAGAAGAAAUCAAUAAAAGUUUUCCGUCUAGUGAGAUCCAGCAGCUAAAAGAGCAGAACACAAGUUUGCGAAAUGUUAUUGCACAAAUGAGGAAAGAAAUGGAAGCUCUAAGUGACCAGAUUCUUCCUUCUGCCCGGUUAGGAGGGGAGCCCUCACAAACAAACCAGCCUGACCCAAAGGCAGCAGCGGAUUCUGCGGUUCCUGGUUACGUUCUGGCCCUUGAAGCAGAAAUGCAAAAUCUAAAGCAUAAAUUUAAAACACUGGAGGAGCAACUAGAUGUGUUAGAACCUUCGAAGACAUCCUUGUCCCGUGCUUGCGCUCAACCCAGUGUCCCGGCCUCCACAGAUACCACCGGAGGAGCUGUGCCAGUCGAUAGAGCGUCCAUGGGACUGGCACUCAGAAGGCUUGGAGACAGAGUGCAUCUCCUGAGCUUCCUGGUGGCACGACUGAGACAGAAGGUGCUGCAGGAACCCCUGGACGUGGACACCAUCCAGCGAGAGCUUCCCCACGAGCUGGACCAGGUGCACCUGGAGGCUCUGCAGCUGCAGAAGCAGGUGGCCGAGCUGGAGAAGCAUCUCGGGUCAGCUAGGAAGGAAAGUGGGGGCGCUGCCGGCAGGCAGCAACCAAAGGCCUCAGAUACUGCAGCUGUUGGAGGAGAGGUUCCUGCAGACGGCGGACCCACAAGGACAGAGGACCAUGGGACGCAGCCCCUGCAGGUCCUGUCUGUGCCCCGACUCCAGAGGAAGCUCAAGGAGGCUGCCAGGAAGAUCCUGCGGCUGCGCCUGGAGAAGGAGCAGCUCCUGGAGCUGGGAAACCGGCUGCGAGCAGAGCUGGGGCACCUCACCGGGAAGCCGCCUCAUCACCCCUUCCGCACCCCUGAGGCGCAGGGCUCAGGUGAGGCUCCUGAUGUAUGCUUGGGACAGUGGCAACCCUGCCUCACAACUCAGGACCCUAGGAAAGCCAAGAAAGAACGUUUCUCCGAAUGCUCAGGAAAGAGCCAAGCCCGCCUGGCACAGACAGUCUGCAGAAAGGAUGCUCGGCCAGGCUGCACGGCAGGUCCAGGACUGAGACAGCACAGGAGCUCCACAGUGACUUGCAGAUCAGCUCCUCAGAAAGAAAAUCGGUCCCCAAAGCCACGCCUGGCUCAGGAAUUCCAGGAGGAAACUGGCCACCACACCCGGACGUCCUCGUCACUCGCCAGCAGUUCCCUCCAGGACACGUGGAAGUUGUUGGACCUGGGAUCCAGCCCUUCUGGCCUCACUUCCCAGGAUGACUCACCUCCAGAGCGCCCAGCACCGACAGCCUGUAGCCUCCGGCACCCCGAGGGGAGCCCCAUCACGACGUGGGCAGCCUUUGGUGUUGAAGGGAUGAAGAUGGAAGCCCAGACAAGGGGCAAGCUUGCUAGACACCCCAGGGCUCAUCCUCCAAAAUAUAAAGGCUGCCAGCGGCCCCCCAAGAUUCGGAACUACAACUCCAAGGACUGACCUCCUCGCUGCCCCACCCCACGCCGCCCUCUCCCCGUUCUGAUCCCCUCCUUUCUCCUCUCCCCACCCAGCGCCUUCCCUUUUCCCCUCCUGCUCCCUUCCAUCCAACCUGUCAGUCUUCUUCCCGGCCGCCUCCUCCUCGGUGCU